AUGGAGGAGCAGAGGACCCUGGAGCCGAGGACCCAGGACCCAAGGACCCAAGGACCCAAGGACCCAAGGACCCAAGGACCCAAGGACCCAAGGACCCAAGGACCCAAGGACCCGAGUUCCCGAGUUCCCGAGGAUCCAAGGACCAAGGACGCGAGGACCCGAGGACCCAGGUCACCCGGAUCCAGGACCCAGGAUUCAGAUCACCCGGACCCAGGUCACUCGCAUCCAAGACCCAGGAUCCAGGUUACGCAGAUCCAUGUCUCCCGGAUUCAGGUCACAUGGAUUCAGGACACCCGGAUCCAGAACCCAGGUUCCAGGUCACCUAGAUUCAGGUCACCCGGAUCCAGGUCCCUCGGAUCCAGGUCACCCGGAUUUAGGUCACCCGGAUCCACGUCACCAGGAUUCAGGUCACCCAGAUCCAGGACACCCGGAUCCAGGUCACCCGGAUCCAGAACCCAGGGACCAGGUCACCCGGAUCAUCGGAUCAUCGGAUCAUCGGAUCAUCGGAUCAUCGGAUCAUCGGAUCAUCGGAUCAUCGGAUCAUCGGAUCAUCGGAUCAUCGGAUCAUCGGAUCUCCGGAUCUCCAGAUCACCAGGUCACCGGAUCUCUGGACCACCGGGUCUGCGGAUCACCGGAUCACCGGAUCCAUUCACCUCUCUGGAGCCCAGAGAACACGAUAACUGA